AUGAUUUUAUUGGAUGGUGUGUGUCGUGGAUUAUUCGAUGAAGAAGAUAUUGGUUAUGGAGAUGAUCGUGCACCAUUCCCUGCCAAUAGACCCAGUGGUGGUUACAACUACUCUGGUGGGCCAAGCAGAAGAGCACCUGCUGACAAAAGAUCACAACAUGGUUUCGUUGGUCUCUUAAAUCAAGGAGCAACAUGUUAUUUGAAUAGUUUAAUUCAAUUGAUGUAUAUGACACCUGAAUUAAAGAACAAUCUAUAUAGCCUGAAUCUCAAGGAUUUAGAUUUAGAACAACUAACAAACAACAACAACAACAAUGACACUACACAACCAACAAAUGUCACUGCCAAUACAACUGCUACCACUGCCACUACCACCUCCAUUAGUUCAGCAACAUCAACAACAACUACUCAAAAUGUAUCAACUAAUAAUAACAUAACUACUUCAAAUACAUCAUCUAAAAACAACAACAACAAUAAUAAUAGUAGUUAUAUAAAUAAUGAUUUAGUAUCAUUUAUGAAUGAAGAUAUGGACGAUGAUAUUAUGAAUAAUGUUGAAUGGGAAGAGAUUGGUACUGGUGUAUAUCCACCGAGAUCAACCAAUGAUGAUAUUAACGAUAUAAAUAUAAUUGAUAAUAUACAUAUUAAUAAUAGUAAUGAUGGUGAUAAGAUGAUUGUAGAUAAUAGUAAUGGUAAUAAUAAUGGUAAUGAUAAGAGUGGUAGUAAUCAACAAGUACAGAUACAAGAACAACAACAACAACAACAACAAUUACAAGAUAGUAAAAAGUUAAAUGAAGACGUUGUAUUCGAGGAUUUCAAUAAUAAUAGUGAUCCUUUUGCACAGUACGAUCAGGAUUAUGUACAGUCGGUGUUGGCUUUUGGCUUUGAUGAAUCGAGGGUGUUGGAAGGUUUGAAGAAAUUCCCACAUGUCUAUCAACAGGAGCGUCUUAUCAAUUGGAUACUCUCGGACGACGUCGUAGAUGCACAGAACUUUGACUUUCCCGACUUGGUUCCACUCGGAACUUUCGACGAUAGCAGUCAUCAACUCGCUACCAACACCGACGACUACGCUGCAUUCUCAAUGGAUUUCAACACUGAUGAUAAUAUUGCAAAACAAUCAAACAAUAACAACAACAAUGAUAACAACAACAAUAAUAAUAGUAGUUCAAAAGCAAUUGUUUUAUAUGAUGUAAAUAAUUUAAAUGUAACAUUAAAUAAUCAUAAUAAUAAUAAUAAUAAUAGUAAUAGUAAUAGUAAUAAUAAUAAUGGUGGUGAUGGAAUAGUAAUAGAUUCAGAUGAGAUUGGUAAAGAGAAGAGUAAUGUUAAUGGUGAUGGUGAUACUACUAGUUUUAUACCUUUGUUGGCAGCUGCAUUCGAACAACAACAACAAUCUAUACCAGGACCAGUAACAUUACCACAACCAGCACAACCACAACCAAAGAAGAGAAGAGGUAGAGUUUUAGCAUAUGAAUUGCAACGUUUGUUUUCAUUCUUGCAGGUCGGAGAGGUGCGUGCUAUCAGUACUGAAGAUCUUACCAAGAGUUUCGGUUGGUAUGGAAGUGAAGCGUCGGAGCAACAAGACAUUCACGAACUCAAUCGUAUUCUCUUUGACGCCGUAGAACACUCGAUUAAACUCACCGCAAUCGAGAAGAUCAUAGUACAACUCUACAGAGGUGUAUUAAUUAAUAGAAUUGAAUGUACAAAAUGCGGAAAAAUCAAAGAUAGAGAAGAGUUUUAUCAAGAUAUUCCUAUUCCUAUUAAAGGAUUCAAGACGUUGGAAGACAGUCUAAAGGCAUUCGUCACUCCAGAGGUGUUGGACGGCGACAAUAAAUAUAGUUGUGACGAUUGCAAUGAGAAGGUGAAAGCAAACUUUGGUGCUAAACUAGGUCAACUACCACCGAUUUUAGUAUUACCAUUGAGAAGAUUCGAUUUCGAUUAUCAAAGAGGAUCAAGAGUAAAGAUUACAUCACAAUUUGAAUUCCCAAUGGAGUUGGAUAUGACUCCGUAUACAUCGGAUUACUCGCUGCACGAGAAGAAUCCAGAUACCGUACCGAAACCAGAUGAACAAUUGUAUGAACUAUUCGCAGUGUUAAUUCAUAGUGGUGGUGCAUACGGUGGUCAUUAUCAUGCUUAUAUCAAAGAUAUAACUAAACAAGGUGUAAUUGAAAUUAAUCAACCAACAACUGAAUCAACAACAGUAACAACAACUACACCUGUUAAUUCAGAAACAACAACUACUACAACUUCUACAACAAAUGCAACUGAAACAUCAGAAUCAGCUGCACCACAACAAACUACUAAUAGUUUAGAAACAGGUGCAGAGAGUCAACUACCAGUGGAAGUUAAAUCCAAUGGUCAGAAUCAUCAUGCACAAAAGAAUAACAAGUCAAAGAAGAAUAAGAUUGAUGUUCCACAUGUAUACUCUGGUUGGUUCGAUUUCAACGAUAGUACUGUCACUCCAAUUCCAGAUUCAUACAUUGCCAAACAAUUUGGUAACAAAACAGAGAGUGCUUAUAUGUUAAUUUAUAGAAGCAAAGAUUUAAAGACAGAUAAAAGUAGUGAUAUUCCUUUGCAUUUGGUCGAUGAAAUGAAUCGUUUCAAUACCAGUUUGGAGGAGCAGAGAAUGUCCUACGAUUUGACUAUGAAUACAAUGUUUGUGAAUCCAAGAUUCUUUAAUGAAUUUGAUAUCGUUGACAAUGCUCUGGUGGAGAAGAACAACUUGCAACCGUCGGAAUUGUCAUUGGCAUUGGAUGUCGGUUUCUCGGUGCAGGAUCUCUACAGUCAUAUUCGCAAGACCUACGAAGAUCGUAUCGAUCACACCUCCAAGCUUGUCAUACAAGAGAUCAUUGUGAAGGAAGGACGUGUCACACUGUUACCACCACUCAGCUCAGUAUCCUCGACCAACAUCAAAAAGACUGGUUUGAGAGAGGGUUGUUCACUGUUGAUAUGGCGAGGUGCCAAUGCCGAGGGCAUAACUACUCCACCCAUUAAUUUCACUGUUGACUAUUAUCCUGCGGUUAGAGUUGAUGUCAGUGAUGCAAGCAGUUCCGUCACCGGACACAAACAACAAUUCAAUCUCUCCAUUGAGAGAGAUGCUACUUUCGCAGAGUUGUUGAAACUCGUUGCUCAGAGUUGCCAGCUUCCAGUGGCUAGUUUGGCAGUCUAUCGUAAUUCCGCCAAUCAAUUGUUGCUGUUGGAAGACGAUAUGCCAAAUGUCCCAUUAAUCGACAGAGUCUACAACGGUAUCGGUUUGCUCGUGGAGGACAACUCGCUGAAAUUCGAGGAGUCUGCGCUUCGUCAGGAGUUUGAGAUGAAUCGAUUCAAAAUACAGUUGUAUGUGAGCGAUCGUAUCGAUAACAUUGAUAACGACAACGAUUCAUUCACAACCAACAAGCCGAUUACCAUUCACUGCGAUCCAAAGUCGACUAUCCACCAGGUGAAGGAAAUCAUUCUCGAUAUGACAAGACCCGCGGACAAAGCAUAUCUGCUACGCUCCACCGUCAUUAGAAAGACACAACGUGGAGGUUCACCAGGUUCCACCAUCUCUGACGAUUCUCUCACGCUGAAGGAAGUGGAUAUCACCGACAGCUCGUUGAUUCUCAUUGAGAAGGGCACCCCGACGCAGCAGACUAUCACCAUCCGAUUCAUCUACUUGAAGGACAAGAGCAUAAGAACACUCUACUUCCCAAAGAAAGAUACCAUUGUCAAUUUGAAAAAGACAAUGUUGGAUCGGUUGGAUAUCGAUGUUGAACAGCUGCCAAACUUUGUUCUAAAGACAACGGAUUCAUUCGAUAUGCCACUUAAUAUCAUCUCUGAGGAGGACAUGACACUUGAGGAAUCGGGAUUGCGCUCAGAAGAUCUACUGGUAAUAACAGAGGGAAUCAUUCCAUCGAAGGACGAAAUCAUCUUGAAGUUUGGAUUGUAUCAAGUGGAGAAUGCCUACAAACAAUAUCCUUCACCAUCGUCACCGGUCCUCCAUUUGAAUCCACAGUACAGUCCACUGACAUGUGACUUGUUCACAGUGAAAACGGUCGGUGAUCUCUCGCUCAACAAGAAGCUCACUAUCAAUGAGUUGAAAGCAGAGUUGUUGUUAUGGCCAAAACUAACAGAGCUAUACCCACAGUAUGACGCAUCGCAAGACGACAUUCGUCUGUGGCUGGAGGAGAAGUUGCUCUCUGGACAUGGAUGUGGAAAUAAACAGUUGGCUAAACUACACAUUCAACAAGAGGCAUCGAUCACCAUUGAAUUCUUCAAGAAGGAGACACUCCCAGUUGUUGAAUCCACCAAUCCACCACCCAUUCUCCUAUAUCUCCACAAGAGAAUACCAGAAUCUCAGUGUUUCUCUCAUCCACCAAGACAGAUCUAUUUCACUGGCAAGCUAAUCUCUGAACUUCUCACACAAAUAUCAAGCAUUUGUGAAGUUGAAGAGGAACAUCUUAAAAUCUAUAAAUAUGUCACACAUCAACACAACAAUCCGUGGCGUAUUAUUGAAGAGCGUGCAAUCAACAACAACAACAAUAACAAACAAAAUAAUAAUAAUCAGUUAUCAAUUAAUAUUCAUGAUGAUUCAACUGAACAAUCACCUUCAACAUCAGCACAACAAGAAGAUAACAACAACAAUAUGAUUUUGGAUGGUGAUUACAAUUCCAAUUCAACUGUAAAUAUUAAUGCAGAGAAUGAACUACCUAUUGAUUCUGUAGUUGACGAACCAACAAACAAUAUCAUAAAGACCAAUGAGAGUGUUGAUGAUUCUAGCACCAGUGGUAAUAGCUCUAGUACUCUAUCGACUGGCAACAUUCCACCACCACCUCCACCACGUCCAGAAAAGAAAAAGAAACCCAAUACCAGCAAUCCAAAUGAGCUCCGAGGUAAACCAUGGAUGCUCAAAGACGGUGACAUGAUUGCAUUCUUGGAUCAACGUGAAGAUCCUGAACAAAACGAUCGAUUCGCAUUGAUCAUGGAGAAAAACAACUACAAAUCAAACAACUACGGAGCUAACAACAGCAACUCUAGAAAACAAAAUCAAACCACCAAAUAUAGAGCACCAGAAAGAGAAUUAAAGAUUCAACUUGAUGAAUAUUAA